AUGCUGGCGCUGCCCGCCGUCAUUGCGAUAGCCGCUUGUAGUGCGGCCGUCUUCAUUGCCGUUUCAGUGGUCAGCGUUGUUGUCUGGGUCAGGUAUCGCAAGGAGCGCCAUGCAAUACGACUGGUGGGCUUUACGCAGAGACCACGCAGUCGCUUGCAAUCUUGCCAGGUGGAUACCUUGACUGAACUGAGCCGGGCAGAGGGAAGCGUCUUAAGGGCACAUGGGCAGCUUCCAUAUGGUAAACCGUCGGAAUGGGGACAAUUAACGUCGAGAGAAAGUUUGCUUCGUCUGAAAAAUGACUCGGAAUCUUCUUUACCGGUCACCGAGAAAGCACGAUCUUUCCGCAAUUCCCUUUCUCGAUCUCGUUCCAAGCGCCUAUCACGAUUGUCUCACAAACGCAUGAGCUCGUUGGCCACAUUGAGUGAAUCGAACGAUCUUCCGAGCCCACCACCUAAAGCAUCAAUAUCAAUAUCGAAAGAAGACGUCCCACUUUCGGCGGUCGAAGGGAUUCUGGAAUUGCCAGCAGAAAGAACCCCAACACAAACGCCAGAUCUCAACGAGGAUGAAGCUGGGUUCCAUCUAGGUGUGAAACCCCCUCCAGUACGAGAGCAGUCAGGUCUAUUUCCUGUUUCAAAAGACCGUAACUCGUCUGGCAUGUUGAAUUCAAACAACAUUGAAGAUUCUCCUAGUCGUGUUCGCGGGGGAAGUAUUGCUAGUCAAACUGCCGGGAUGAUGCCUGGUCACCCGGUACCUCCUCCUCCACCAACUGCAUACCCUCCAGACAGAUUCAGCUAUGCUAGGAAUGACUCUGUGAUGAGACUUUCCUCUAUGAGUCUGGAUACCACCAAUAGCUCAAUUUUGGAUGACGGCAGAACUGGUUCUAGGUCGGCUGACACCGAUCAGACCUCACCCGUAUUGCCCUCUGGCACGUUUGUACCUUUCAGUGCUGCCGACGUUGGGGUUAAGGAUGGCCGGAGGAGCUUUAUUGCCACAAACACCUCCAUCCCGCCUAUGCACAACUUCCCUAUCCGCUCCUCUUCGACAACUGAACCUCGCCAUAAAUCUGUGUGCCCGUCACCUCGACGAAGUUUGACGACUCACCACUCGGGCGCCUCCAUCGACCGUUUUGGUGGUGCUCCACGUCGGACUGACUCUAUGUCUUCAUUUCAUCCCCCUUCAAGACAUGCUUCCUUGCGGUCUGGGACGGUUGGGCGUUUGGGACAUCAAAAUUCAGUCUCGUCCUGGCGAUCAUCGGGCUCCCACAUAUCCUCUGUCCCAUACGGCAAUCAGUUCCGAAACAGCAUCGGCUACGAUAAUUUCGAAAUGGAUAAUGACCCCUUCUACGUUGGCUCACCCGGGGGCGGGACUUUGUUCCAUCAGGUGAGAUCACCAGGCAACACCAAGCCACCAAGUCCGAUGCAGCGUACCAGUCUCUCUCUAAAGGGCAAUCUUCCCUCUGCACUCAAGGGUGGAAAUCCACAACGCAAAGGUCACCGACGUCAAAACUGUGUCCGUAUCUCUAUCCAUCCACCCAUGACAUUUGGGUCAUCGACGUUUUCUCCCACUGUCGAAGAGGAACCAGAAGACUUCGACAAGAUGGAGGAGCUGGAUCUCCGUGAGAUCUCAAUCAACACCCCAACAAAACCCAUGCAUUCGUUGCCACCAAGUGCAGCAUCCCCUCUGUCCUCUUCAAGGCGCAGCAAGUACGGCAGUCGACAUGGCAAGCCCAGUCUAGGCUCCCUCGGGCCACUGGUCGAGGAGCCGCAGCGUCCAAUGUACGAUGACAGUCCUUGCAAGAAGAGAAACCGUGUUUCAUCUUCCAUGGCCAAUAAGUCUCCAUUCGCAAACACUCGCGCUCUCCCUGAACUGUUCACAUCUCUCCCUUCGUCUCACGGCACCUCUCUCACCAACACUCCCUCUCCCGAAAGAGUGCCCCCUGUAUGGGAGCUCCCCGAGCCAUACCACGAAAACUCUCUUGGCAUUGGCAGCCCACGACGGUCAGCAGUAAAGGGGCCUCGGAACCAACCCGGCGUCAGUCCAGCUCGAAGGCAGUCAACUUGCAUUUCCUUAGCAUCCUCCCAUCAUACGCUAGACAGCCCCUUGGCCUCUCCCAGCCGCCUCCCUUUCGUCAUGAGUAUCACAGGAACAGAAGGUAGUGACUGGCGGAGAUCCACAGACUCACACCAACGCAUGAGCAACGGUUCUCCGGAUCGCGCAUUCCGCCAAGAUCGUGCUUCAAUAUCUCGCCUGGAUGACGGGCUGGGUCCUAUUGGUGCUUCUCCAUUCUACGGCCCCCGCCGGUCCUCAAUGGUCCAAGACCACGUCACUAUCUUUGAGGAUUCUAACCAGCCCACCUCCUAUCCUCGAACCCCCAUGCAGCCCCCAAUUGGGUCGUUCCGCACGCCUAACUCCUCCCCUACCCGUGGCAAGAACGGUGCACCCCGUUCCAUGCCAACCAACCAACAACUACCGCCUCACAUGUCGAGCCACCAUACACCCCCCACUCCUACUUCUCCCCGCCGAGGCAUGACUACUCCUACUGGUAAAGGGCUCGGACUGGGAAUUGGAACUGCCACACCUGCUAGCCUUUACGAUGGCGAUGGAUUCCUACGGGAAUAG